AUGACUGUACUGAGCAAUGACAAUCCGGAAGCUUAUGUCAAAAUUCCCAAAAUUAAGUUCACAAAAUUGUUCAUCAAUGGAGAGUUCGUUGACUCCGUUUCAGGGAAGACCUUUGAGACAGUAGAUCCGAGAACUGAAGAAGUGAUUGCAAGAAUUGCAGAAGGGGACAAGGAAGAUAUUGAUUUGGCUGUCAAGGCUGCUCGUGAUGCUUUUGAUCACGGCCCAUGGCCUCGCAUGCCUGGAUGUGAAAGAAGAAGGUUAAUGUUGAAAUUCGCAGACUUAAUUAAUGAAAAUGUAGAAGAAUUAGCUGCCUUAGAUACAGUUGAUGGCGGAAAAUUAUACAGCUUGGGCAAAAUAAGAGACAUUCCUAGCAGCGCAGAAAUUAUCCGUUACUAUGCAGGUGCAGCUGAUAAAAUCCAUGGGGCAACUUUGAAAAUGUCAAGGGAUCUACAAGCAUAUACGUUGCACGAGCCUGUAGGUGUUGUGGGUCACAUCAUCCCGUGGAACUUCCCGAGUCAAAUGUUUGUCAUGAAAGUGGGCCCUGCCUUGGCUGCUGGAUGUACCAUGGUUGUCAAACCUGCUGAACAAACACCUCUUUCAGCACUUUACUAUGCUCAUUUAGCUAAGCUGGCUGGUAUCCCGGAUGGAGUGCUUAAUGUGAUAACAGGAUAUGGAUCGACAGCUGGUGCCGCCAUUAGUUCUCACAUGGACAUUGAUAAGGUUAGUUUUACAGGAUCUACAGAAGUUGGGCGUCUCGUAAUGCAGGCUGCAGCAGCAAGCAACCUGAAACCUGUCUCGCUAGAACUGGGAGGAAAGUCCCCAUUUAUUAUUUUCGAUGAUGUGGAUGUAGAUAAAGUUGCUGAUCUUGCUCUCCAGGGAUCUUUCUAUAACAAGGGGGAAAUAUGUGUGGCCGGUUCUCGUGUUUUUGUUCAAGAAGGGAUAUAUGAUAAAUUUCUCAUUAAGUUGGCAGAGAAGGUGAAAUCAUGGGUUGUUGGGGAUCCUUUUAAUCCAGAAGUUCAUCAAGGACCCCAAGUUGAUAAGCAACAAUAUGACAAGAUACUUUCAUACAUUGAGCAUGGGAAGAAGGGAGGUGCCACUUUGUUAAGUGGUGGCAAGCCUGGUGGAGAAAAGGGAUAUUAUAUCGAACCAACAAUUUUCACUGAUGUCACGGAUGAUAUGAUCAUCGCAAAGGAAGAAAUAUUCGGACCUGUUAUGUCGGUUAUGAAAUUCAAGACCGUUGAAGAGGUGAUCAAGAGAGCUAAUGCCACAAAGUAUGGACUAGCAGCCGGCAUCAUGACCAAUGACUUGAACACGGCCAACACAGUAUCGAGAUCAAUCCGUGCUGGUGUCAUUUGGAUCAACUGUUAUUUUGCUUUCGACAGAGACCUCCCAUAUGGCGGAUAUAAAAUGAGCGGUUUUGAGAGGGACUUUGGAUUGGAAGCGCUCAACAAGUAUUUGCAGGUUAAAUCUGUUGCUACCCCAAUUCACAAUUCUCCGUGGCUGUAA